GUAACUUCAUGGGCUGCAUUUGAACAACGUUACGAAAUGAUUCACGCCAAGGUGUUCACUAUAAACCCGACACGUUCCCACAGGAAAUCCACCAUUCGUCAGCUAACCUUCGUAGUGAUUGGUUCAAACCAUGGAAGGAGAUCAAAGUGAGUUGGAGUCCGAAUAUCCGGAAGAGUUCGGAUUUGGAUUGUUUGACGAUUUUCCCGCCGAUGCAGUGCACCCGCUGAUGAUCGACGACUACGAGGACGAAGCGGAGUUGAGGCGCAAACUUAAGCAGCGAGGUGCGAACAUUUAUACGCCGAUGAAGGAAUCCACUCAGUUGCAUCGAGCGAUUAGACGCGGGGACGAGUUCAAGAUUAAGCUGCUGAUUGACGCGUAUCAGGAGGAUUUCGAGAAGGUUGGGAGAUAUUUGGAGACGGAGUUUGGGUGGGAUUUGGCCGAUCGUGUUUGGUUGUGGAAGACCAUACUGGUAGCAAACAGUGAAGACGAGUGUCAAACUGCGAAAAGUUUGGAAAACAAGAAUAUCAGUCGCGAACAGUUGCGUGACGCAGUGUUUGUACUGCUACAACACCCGGUAAACGACGAAGAGGUAGCGAUACUUCAUCCAGAUGAAUCAACGCGACUCCCAACUAUUCAGCUGAUCAACCGGUUGAUCCCAAACGGUUACCUCACGUGGAGCAAUGUUGAGUCCGAGGAGAAGCAGGAAACGUUCAUGGAAACGGCUGCAGCACGUGGCUUAAACAACGUGAUCGAUCGCCUGUACGAGUUGGGAGCACCGAUCUCCAUUCUGGAGCACAACCCGUUGCUGUCAGCUUGUAGAUCCUCCAAGCAGGACACGAUCCAGUGGCUGCUCACCAAGUACUUUGACUUCUUUGACUGCACAGCUCGUAACCGUUCGCAGGACAACGCACUGAUCGUGGCGAUGCAAAAGAAUGACCACAAAAUGUUCGAUCUCUGUCUGGAGAAGAUGAUCGCGUAUCGUCAGUGCUAUUUCAGUGAAACCGAGUCGGAGGCUUUCGGUCGGCUGUUCCGAUUCGAAGCUAAAGAUUUGGAAAGUUUGUCCAUUUUCACAUUUUAUCGAAAUGGCCCAGUUAAAGGAAGUAUUGAGCGUGCCAUAGAGAAGUACGGGUUCGAUCUCGCCUACCAGUGGAAAGGAGUAACCAUCCUGGUUUGCAUGCUGUGCCGAAAUAUUGCCCUGGACUACUGCUUCGAGGGCAUCCGGAAGAAUCCCAAACUGCUGGGAAUGGUCGUUCACGGAAAUACCACUGUAUUACACGAAGCAAUACGGUUCAAACAUUUGGAUUUCCUACGAGAAAUGUACCAGCUGACUCCAGAGGUCAAAGACUACUUCAACGGUGAGGGAGGACUGAACGUGCUGAGGACUGUGCUGUACGAAAAAAGUCACGACAGGGUAGACUUCAUCCUCAAGCAUCACGUGGAUUUCUUGAAAAGUGACGAACCAGCACUGAAAGAAAUUGUGUGCAGCAAUAUUUACUCCAAAGAACACUAUGAUCAGCACUACAAAUUGUUCAUACAGUAUUUCCCCGAGUACAGAGAUGAGAUCGAGAAAGCUAGAACGCAACCACCCACGCAAUACUAUUCAUUCGGCGUUGAAGGAUCAUUCACUUCUAUCGGGAUCGACGUGUCCAACUUGGACGACCUACCGAAGCCGUACUCCACUGUUAGAGGAUCCAAAGGAGAGACGCUUCUCCACCUGGCGGUCGAAAAGGACAACCGAGAACUGUUCACCAAGCUGAUCGAGGCUGGUUGUGACCUGGCCACGCUGGACAACGAAGGCAACCAUCCGAUUCAUUUCGUGCAGAGCGUAGCUAUGCUGGAUCUGAUCAUCGAGCGACAUCCAGAAGGUCGCAAGCUGAUCCAACUAACAAAUCAGGACGGAUUAACGGUUCUGCACAAGAUUUGCUCCCUUUAUAUAGGGCACGAGCCGUUGAUUUCGCUGCUGGAGAAGGUUAUCGACCUUGGAGCGGACGUUCACCAGUUGACCAACGAAGGAGAAUCGGUCGUAUUCUUCACGGGAAGUACCGCCGUUCUGGAAGUCCUGAUGAAGCACAACGUCCAGCUCGACAUAGCGACCAAAGAGGGAGAAACGGCACUGCUGCGAGCUCUGAGAAAUGGGAACACCUGGAUGGUUCGCGAUUUGCUGAGACACGUUCACCAGCUGCCAACUUUUAAAGAUCACGCCCACAAGUACCUGGAACCGAUGCUCGGACGGAAUCGCGACUUUUUCAGCUGCGACUAUCAGGACUUCUUGGAGCAGUAUCCGGAAACAACCAAACUGUUGUUCGAUUCGCUGUUCAACCAUUCCCGCGAGGAGGCCUCUCGGGUGUUCAACAAAGUUUGCGGAAGUGCCCACAACUUUGUUUCGCGAAAGUUUUUGGAGUUUGACUACGAUCUGGACUACAACUACCAGGACGACUACCAGUACACUCCGAUAGUGGGACUGCUGAGCUACAUGGAGGAACCGAACAGGCACAUCGUGGAGCAGUUGCUCCAGAAGGGGGUCGAUCUGCACAUCCGUAAUCAGUGGGGACGGGAUGCAUUACAAGUUUUGGUCAAUGGAUUCCGGUCUGCCAAGUGGUACGGACACGACGUUGGGACGGUACAGCUGCUGGUGGAUCAUGGUGCCGCUGUAAAUGCAACCGAUGAGGAAGGAAACACUGCGUUGCACUUGGCGUUCAAAGACGGAGAAGCGGAACUGAUAGAAGUUCUAGUCCGGAAUGGAGCCGAUCUCAGUGCGAAGAAUAAGGAAGGAAAAGUACCGUUGCAGAUGGCUUCUGAAGUUAUUCAAAAAAUAUUCUAUUUUUUGGCUUGAAAAAUAAUUAUAUCCAUAUAUAUUUGCAAGAAAUUCAUCAGAUAAAUGAAAAUUUAUCAAAACUUAUAGAGCAUUUCGACGCUGUCAUUCUAACUAACCUUGAAUAAACAUAAAAUAGAGCACGCAAUGUAAACAAU